CGCAAAUAUAUCCCUGCCAUACAUUACCCCUGCCUUCGCGUUAGUCAAUAUUGUUGCAGGUGCAAAUAAUUAAUUAAAAUCACGUGAAUUAACCAAACUAAGCGUUGAUUCUACUCCACUAUACAACCAGUGUAUAGAGAGUUCCCAUCAUGGGCAACACAGUGUCUGCUGCAGACAUUGCAGCAUCACACAUAGUCUAUCCAAAUCAACACAAAGAUGGACAAGCAACACAGUCAAAGGUACCCCCUGGGCAUCCACAUGUUCAACAUGCGAAUUAUGCAGCUGGGGAGAUACCUCCAGAAUGCCCAAUGCAUCAGAAACAAGCUCCUGCACCUCCGCCAGCUCCUGCACAACCUGUGGCUGCUUCAGAAUGUCCUGUUGGAUAUGGAAAAGGAGAUGUUAAUCCUUUAAACAUGAUGCCACCAGCUAAUCAGAAACCAUCCCCUGAUCAACCAUUUCCUCUCCCAAUCGACAGACAAACCUCCUCAAUCCCAAAAGCAAUCGUCAAAGAAGGCGAAUCCCCAUUCUGGGUGUAUCCCAGCCAACAAAUGUUCUGGAACGCCAUGUUACGGAAAGGCUGGCGCUGGAAGGAGGAAGACGUCAAGGAG